AUGGAGCAGGUGCGCAGCGUGCACCAGGGGAGGCAGGCCAUGGUCGGUGCUCCUGGAACCGUACUCCAGCUGCCAUACGAGGUCGCCGUGUCGCACAUCGAAGCCGAGCUGUGCGCCGCGCUGCACGCGGCGCUCGCGACGACCGGCGCCACGGGCGACCACGGCGGCUACGCGCUCUGUGGCGCGUGCGAAGCCACGGAGGAGCUGCUGGAGCUGUGCGAACGGGUCAGUGCUCCGGACUGCCGCGAUGACACCUGGGAUGCCGUCAUGUACCACCGUAUCGGACUUUCCUGGAAGACCCGGCGGCCGGAGCUCAUUUGGUUGGAUGACAAGGUGGUGCAAGUCCAACGGGUGGCUGAGCUUUUGGACGGUGAGCCCUUGCAUUUGCCUUUGCUGGCACACGCACAUGAUGCGCCGAGCCUGCUGGAGAUGCAGCGGAUCGUGCUGGAGCACGCCAAGGACAAUGAGCCUUUGGUGGUGAAGCCACGGCAUGGUGCUAACUCGUGCUUUGUCUUCCUUUGGCCAUCGCCAAAGGAGGUGAACGUCGAGGAGAUCUUCCAAAGUGUCGAGGCUGCGAUGGCCGGGGAAGAUCGAUCAUGGGAGAAGGAGUGUUGGCAGCUAUCACAAGUGCCCAAGGGUGCAGUGCUGCAGCCCAUGUAUCAGAUUGCGGUGGAUCGAGGUUCUGCAGGUGGACCACGGAGUCGAGCGGCGCCCAUGGAGCUCAAAGUGCAAGUCCUUUUCGGCCGCGUGGUGGGCGCCACUCUCAACACCCAUCCGCAGCCGCUUUGGGUGGCUCGGACGGGUGUGAUCCAACUUUGGGAUGCCGAGGAUUUGGUGCAGCGGGGACAGGUCCGUUGCAAGAGCCUGGACCGUUGCUAUGGGCGGAAGCUGCCGGAACAGUUGCUUGAGCAGUUGCAAGAGGCCUUGGCCUCCGACUGGCUCUUCAUUCGAGAUACCUCUGAGCGCCUUUGCCGAGCUGCAGGUUUGGAUGAACUUCGUGUAGAUUGGCUCUUGGGAGAUGCGAAGUGGGGAGCACGCAUCGGAGAGCUCACCUACAUGGGCGCAGGCUCUCGCGUGAGUCCGCCGCUGGCCAUGCGCUUGGCUCGGGCCUUCGCGGCCGGGCACCUGCUGCGGCGCCAGCGGAUGCGCCUGGAGGAAGACUCUGCGGCUGAGCCUUUGUGGCCGUUGACCGCAGAGCGCGGCAAGAAAGUGGCCAGACAAAAAGUCUCCGACCUGUGCCAUGUGGCCACCUCUGUUCGCGAGCUGCCCGACGCAGCGUUGCCCGGGGAGUUCAGUGAGGAGAUGAGGAACAAUGCCAAAGAAGCAGGAUUGGUCGUCGAAGAGACCUGA